UCCGCGGGAACACGAGGAAUCCUACGCGCCGGGCCGCUCAGACGGAUCCAACAAGCAGUGAAGUUGUCAAGGCAUCGACCUGGACUCGGCCGUGACCUUGUGGUCCAACUCAAAUGCGAACCAUGACCCACCCAACUUCGCUUGGCAGUUGCCUUGCGCGCGCGUGCGCCUCAAGCGGCAAGUAAAUAUGGCGGGAAGUCGACGGCCGAUUGUCGAUGACGUGAAGUCAUCUCUGAUGGCGGGCAGCGAGGCAGCGAAAAUAGCAAUCUACGUCGAUAAAACUGGCGUGAUGCGGCCAGUUCCGGUGGCUGGCGAUUGGUGGCCGACGUCGACCAAAGAUCAAGCCUUGACGGAGAAUGCAGUGCAAUCGAUAGUGGAGGCUGCUGGUUGGGGCAUUGUUCGCCGUCCGGCAUGGGACAACCGUAGCUGUGGGAUGAGUAGGAAGAUGCAAUGCAGCGCUGAUCAGGCUGUGUCGUGGGCGCUUGAGAGCAGCAGGUACAAAGCACGAUCAACAUCAGCAAGUGCAGUGUGGUGUGCCGUGCGAGCGAGUCUGAGAUGGGACCAGCCGCAGAAGGGCUGCCCUGGUGUAUUACCUGGCACGCGGGCCGGGAAGCACUGUGAUAGUUCAGAUGACAGUCGGCAGGACCAACUGAUUGGAUCAGGCUGCCGGCGAAGGUUGCCGUGCCUGGCAUCUAAGAGUUGGCAGGUUGGAGGUUGGGAGUUUGACGAGAAGGAUGGUUGGUUCUCUAGGUACGGAUAGAUGGUUUCUCUUCUCUACCUACCUACCUACCUAGCGAGGUGGGGGAGACUUGCACUUCCAUGGUCCGAG